UGUAGACCAGCCCUCUCUCUUCCUCAAUUAUCUCUGAGAUUUCAGGGCACAAUACAGUAACUGAGCUGAGGGCACUGCAGACUCCAUUUGGUGCAUGCUCAGUAUCAAUGACUUUGUACUUGGUGUUGAGCUCCACUUCUCGCCUCACCCCCGCCCCCACUCCAGCCACUGCUGCAGCCGCAGCCGCAGCCCCAGACUCAGCCCCAGCCCCAGCCCCAGCCCCAGCCCCAGCCCCAGUUUUGCUAUUUUGUAACCUCCUUGCAUAGCAACUGGUUGGAAAUAGAUAGCCAAUAGCAGCCUUCAGGGAGGAUCUCGGGGACUGAGCUUGCCCAAUCGGGUAUAGGACCCCUGCAACAAUUUGCAAGAUCAAGCGCCAUCUUUUUGCAGCCACGCUGUUUCCAAGAGACAUUAAGGUUUUGCUCACUUCUACGAGAGAGCAGAUUUCCUGGUCUUUCGUGCCUUGCAGCCAUGGAGGAGAAGCGCCACCACUUUGACCUGCGCUACCUUCUACUGCAGUAUGGGAUGGAGGAAAUCAGUGCCUGGCUUAUAGUAAAUGCCACUUCAGUGCCUCAUAGCAGCCACUGCAUUAAAGAAGCUCUUGACAUCGUGGUGGCCUACAACAACCACAGGGGCCACCUGGACCACGGUCAACGAGUCCACAUGAGCCAGGGAGGAGACGAUGAUGGCCAAGCACCUCUGGAUGAGCAGCAGCCUGAGCAACUGCUGCUCGCUGAAAAGGAUUCUUCAGAAGCCAGUGGCCUCCAGCCGACCCGGCCCCGGCGGUCCCGAAUCUGCUUCAAGCCGUGGGAGGUGAGAGAACUGGAAAGCCUGUUCCAAUUCACUCAGUACCCGGAUGUGUUCGCAAGACUAAAGCUUGCAAGAGAGCUGAGCCUGCCUGAAUCCAGAGUGAAGAAUUGGUUCAAGAAUCGGAGGGCCAAGCUUAGGAAACUUCAGAGGGAAGCCAUGCUCAGCGAUGCCCCACCUGCUGUCCAGCACCAGGGAGACGUCCAGGACCAGCAGCAGCACUUGCCUGUUCCCCUUCUGUGAGGCCACACUGCACGUGGGUUUUGUUCGUGGCACUAAGUCUGGGCCGUGUGUUGGC